UUCAGUUGGGCUAAGUUACAAUAGUGUCCCUUGCUUCAGUUCAGUUUGGGUGGAAUUUUCUGUUUUGACAUGAUUCUCUGGUUUGAUUCACUUUCAUUCUAGGGAUUCCAUCCGUUCUCUUGCUUCAGUUCAGUCCUGUUGGAUUUGAGAGAGAGCCUUUGGCCGCUGCCAGAUUUGCCUCUGUCUGUUUCUGUCUGAGAGCCUGCUUGGGAAUGUUUCCCACAUAGGAAGGUCACCCAAGCUGCGUCUUCUAACAGCAGAGCUACAGAAACGCCAUCAUCCGCCAUGGCCUCAGCCAUACCAUUCAUAGAUAUGGAACAGGAAGCCAGGUGCCCCAUCUGCUUGGAUUAUCUGACAGACCCUGUGACCCUGGAUUGUGGUCACAACUUCUGUCAGGCCUGCGUCACUAACUACUAUGACAUAUGGGAAGAACGGGAUGACUUGGAAUGUCCCAUCUGUAGACUACCAAUCCAGAAGGGGAAUUUCCGGCCAAACUGGCAGUUGGCCAGUAUAAUUGAAAAGAUUCAAUGCCUUUCCCUGGAAUCAACAAAAGAGACUCUGUGCGUGAAACAUAAGAAGGAGCUGAACCUGUUCUGCAAGGAAGAUGAAGAAUUAGUAUGCGUCGCCUGUGAGAGAACACCGGAGCACAGAGCCCACAGAAUGCAUCUCUUGGAAGACGCUGCCCAGGAAUACAAGGAAAAAAUCAAGGCCCAUCUGAAGUUUUUAGAGGAAAGGAAAGACAAUAUUGAGGAACAGAAACUGAAUGAUGAGCUAGACAGCAUGGUACAAGUGACACAGUUAGAAGCGGAGAAGCAGAACAUCAGAAUUGUCUUUCACCGAAUGCACAAGUUUCUUCAAGAAAAAGAGCAGAUCAGGCUGGCCCAGUUGGGAGAACUGGAAAAAGCUGUUGAAGAGAGGCUGGAAAAAAAUGCCACCCAAUUGUCUGAGGAAAUUUCCCGUCUUGGUGACCUAAUCACCGAAAUGGAGGGAAAGUGCCAACAGCCGGCAAAUGAAUUCCUGCAGGACAUCAGAAGUAUUCUAAGCAGGUGUGAAAAUAAAGAAGUGAAGCAUACAUUGGCCAAUAGCCCUGGGUUGGAAGAGAAAAUCAAUUUUUACUGUGAAAGAAAUGGUGCUGUACAAAAGGCUAUGGAGCACUAUAAAGACUCUCUGGAGGAAACACUUUGCAAAAUGAAUUUGGAGGGGAAAGUCAGUGAAGUCUCAGGAGGUCCCCAGCAUUCCAGACGAACCGUAGGACACCGUCCUCCUAAACAGCAUGCCGGAGCCGCAUUCCCAAAGCAGGCGAUCAAGUGUGUUAUUGUAGGAGACAGUGCAGUGGGUAAAACAUGCCUCCUCUUCAGCUACACAACCAAUGACUUUCCUAGUGAAUACAUGCCCAUGUCUUCAAACAGCUAUUCUGCUUGCGUGAUGGUUAAUGGGACACCAGUCAUCCUCCAGUUGUGGGAUUUAUGUGGCCAAGAGUCCCAUAACAGGAUGCGUGUCGCAGCUUAUCCACAGACCGAUGUAUUCUUAAUUUGUUUUUCUCUUGUGAGUCCGGCAUCCUUUGAAAAUGUGCGAGCAAAGUGGUAUCCUGAAGUGCGACACCAUUGCCCCAACAUCCCCAUCAUACUGGUAGGGACCAAACUUGAUCUCAGAACUGACAAAUGCACGACCGAACAACUGAAGAAGAAGAAGCUGUUUCCAGUCACCUCUCAAAAAGGCCUUGACAUGGCAAAAACAAUUGGCGCAGUGGAAUAUGUCGAAUGUUCGGCACUUACACAGCAAGGCCUCAAGACUGUGUUUGAUAAAGCUAUUCAAAGCAUUGUGUGUUCCCGUCCUGUAAAGGAGAGAAGAAAUUGCCUGCUGCUGUUACAUUUGGAUAGUUUCACAGCCUUACCUGAAGCCGGAACAUUGCGGGAUGUUGGGGAACAUGCUGGCAUGUUCCGCAACGUCCUGGCUUCAGGUUGCAUCAGCAUGACACUAUGCCAACAUCACAGUGACAUUAUGCUGCCUCCUCUCUCAGGGGGCUCCCUCUUCUGCAAUGCGCAUGCCACCUGGGUGGGAGACACCAUCAACAACUGUUAUCUACUUUCCUAUCCUGCUUUCUUCUUACAGAUCACAACGGCUGUACUGUCUAACAACGAAGUCAUAAAACACCUUCUCAUCAUGGCUGUCGCCCCACAACCUGCCAAUAUGAGAGAAGAAGCCAUGUGCUCUAUCUGCUUGGGGUAUCUGACAGACCCAGUGUCUGUGGACUGUGGCCACAACUUCUGUCUGGUCUGCAUCACCGACUUCUGUGAGAAAGUGGAAGAAUAUGGACUCUUGAAAUGUCCCAUCUGCAGAGCCCACAUCCAGAAAGAGAAUUUCCGGCCAAACUGGCAGCUGGCAAAUUUAGUCAAAGGUCUCCAAUUCCUUUCACUAAAGGAGAAGCGAUGUGAGAAACAUCAUGAAAAACUCCAGCUAUUCUGCAAAGAUGAUGAACAAUUAGUGUGCCUGAUGUGUGAGCGCUCUCUAGAGCACAAACAACACUCUGUGGUUCUCUUACAGGAGGCUGCCCAGGAAUAUAAGGGAAAAAUCAGGGCCCAGUUGAAGUCUCUGGAAAAACAGAAAGAAAUUCUUGUGCCUCAGAAACUGUCUGAAGAGAUAGCAAGUCAAAAGACGCUGGCCCAGAUAGAAACAGAGAAAGGAAAGAUCAGGUCUGCUUUUGAACGAAUGCAUAACUUCCUUGAAGAAAAAGAGGGCUUCUGGUUGGCCCAACUGGGAGAUCUAGAAACAGAGAUCAAGAAGAAGUUGAAAGAUAAUAUCACCAGAAUUUCUCAGGAGAUUACGAAUAUCAGUUACCUUACCACAGAGAUGGAAGAAAAGUGUCAGCAGCCAGAAAGUGAAUUCCUGCAGAAUAUCAAAAAUACCAUGAGCAGGUAUGAAAAAAAGCCCGUGGAACAUGUGGUAGAAUAUAUUCCUGGAUUAGAAGACAGACUCCAAAUUUGCUUUAAAAAAAAUUCUGUUCUAGAAGAUGCUAUGGGGAAAUUUGCAGAAUCUCUGGAGGAAGUACUAAAUAAAGAGGCUCUGGAGCAGACACUGAAGAAAGGGGCACGGAAGAAAGCUCUGAGUAAAGCAGGGUCUCUGAGGAUAUGGAAUAAAGGCCCUGUAUACAAAGCAUCUUUGAAGCAAGCGUUGAACAAAGUGAAGGUGAUUCUGGACCGAAGUACAGCACAUCCCUCCCUUCUUCUGUCUGAUGAUCUCAAGAGUGUGAGAUGGGAGGACAAAUACCAGCAUCUGCCUGACUGUCCUGAACGAUUCGAGUUUAUGCCUUGUGUGCUGGGCUAUGAGAAAUUCACUUCAGGCAAACACUGGUGGGAGGUGGAAGUGAAGGAGGAAGAGGAGGGGGCAAUAUGGGCCGUGGGAGUCGCCAAGGAAUCAGUCGCACGGAAAAAAGAGGUCCGCAUUAAAGUUGAGGAUGGGAUCUUUGCUGCUGGAAAAACAUCUGUACUCCUACCGUAUCAGCUUAGUGCCUUUACUUCCCCCAAGACAACCCCUUUGAUCUUGAGACAUCCAAUCAGGAAGAUCCGGGUAUCUCUGGACUACGAAGAGGGCCAGGUGGGCUUUUAUGAUGCUGAAACAGAUUACUGGAUUUUCUCUUUCCAUUCAGCCUCCUUCUCAGGCGAGAGAGUUCGCCCCUAUUUUUGGUUGGGGAAAGGAGUCAGGCUAAAAUGCUGAAUCAGAAACACUAUCUCUACCCAAGGGACUGCAAUCUUAAGCUUCCAAGCAAAAUUUCUGGUUCUCAGUCACAGCAUCCUCCAUCUCUGGGGCAAGAGCGAUGGAAGUAAAUAGAAUCUACAUUUUAAAAAAUGCCAAUAAAACAAGGUUAAAA